AUGACAACAUGUACUUGCAAAAAAGAUUCAGAAAGAAUGGAUACUUCAGAUCCUUACGAUAGUUAUACUUUUAUCAAGGAAAUUAGAAGUGGUGGCGAGGGAAAAGCUAUUUUGAUGGAAAAAGAUGGCGUUCAAUACAUUUGUAAACAAAGAAUAUUCGAAUCGUUGGCCGAAGCCAAUGCUGGUUUAAAAGAGGCAUAUACUUUGGCUAGUAUUAAAGACGAAAAUAUAGUUAAAUUCGAAGAGGUAUUUCUCAGAUCGAUUCCAGGCGAUAAACAGAUCUAUCUUUGUAUUAUGUUGGAGUACUGUCCAAAGGGUGACCUUUUGGACUUUCUUCAUGAACUGGUGACUACAACCGAUCACUCUCCAACACACUCCACUACUACCUCGAAUGUCUCUGAUACUAGCAGUGUCAGUUCGUUGUCUGGUGAUGCUGGCCAUGUUUCGACUACACAUGGAACACCUCCGCGCUCACCUGGCGAUACCAGUCCAGCGAUUGUCGUCGAGACUGGAAGUGUAUGUUUGAUUCGUUCUGCAAAGGAGUUGAUCAAGAAGAUCAUAGAGAGAGAUAUCUCACACUUCCAACUGAGACAUCGUCCCAGUCGUAGCUCGGUGAGUCUUCCCACAGAGAAUAGCAGUGGUAAUCUGCACACCGAAAGCAAUAUAUCUACGACAUUCUCUGAUGUAUCGAUGGAUUCACUGUCGUCACCCAACUCGCAUAUCAACAGAUCACAGGUGUUCAUCCAAAAGAGUGUUCUCCUCGAAUGGCUAACACAGAUUGCACUCGGUGUGCAGGCACUCCACAAAGAACGUUUGAUUCACAGAGAUCUCAAGUGUGAGAAUGUAUUUAUUACCGGUGACGACCGGCUAAAGAUUGGUGAUUUCGGACUGGCAACAAAGAAUGGCACUGGAAAAGGUAGAGUUGGAACCUAUAUGUAUUGUGCACCAGAAGUUCUAGAGAAUCAGCCAUACAAUCGAUCGGCAGACAUCUUUUCACUGGGUUGUAUCUUUUACGAAUUGAUCACACUAAAGCUGCUGGUAAAGAACAAGCGAUACUUUGCCGAGGAAAUAAUUGCCGACAACUUUGAUAAGUUGUCAUUCCUCGCUGAUUUCCCACAACGAUAUUCUUAUUUUGGUCCACUGGUUUUGAGAAUGUUGGACAAGAAUCCAUCGCACAGACCUUCGAUUGAGACCAUUUUAGAUAAGAUUUUGGAAGUUGAUGAUGAACAUAGUAUUCAAUCGAAAUCAAAAUUACAACUAGAGAAUUUCAAAGGUAUUAAAAGACAACUAAGUAAAACAGAUUUUAAAGAGGCAGCAACUAUUUUAGCGAGAGCAUUCAAAAACGAUCCAAGAUAUGUCAAGCUUUUCCCAGCCGAUCAAGAAAGUUCACACAAACAUCUAAAGGAUCUAUUUUAUUUCUCUGUUAAAGUUAUGGCAAAGAAUAAUGCAUCCAUUUGGGGUUACUUUGGUACAGAUAAUAAAUUAAAAUCAGUAUGUCUAUGGUAUAAUCCAGACAAGAAAAAGGAAAUUAAAUUUGGUGAUAUUUUUAUUGGAGGGCUGACAUUUAUGACGAAAGUCGGUAUCAGCAAGGCAAAGAAGGGAUCUGACAUGAUCCACGCUAUAAACGACAUAAUGGUGAAGGAGAACGACGAGAAGCAUUGGUUUUUGGCAUACGCAGGUACUGACGAUGACCAUAGAAACGGUGGAAUUGGAUCCUAUCUAACGAGUGGAGUGUUGGAGUGGGCUGACCAUUCUCAGUACAAAUGUAAAACAAUGGUAUUUAGCAGAGACAAUUUCCCAUUCCUCCAACGUCUUGGCUUUGAAGUCACCAGAGAAGUAAGAGAUCAAUGUGGUAUACCAAAGAACAUCGAAGCCGUCUGGAUAUUAACAAGAAAUCCAAAACCAAAACAUCUGGACUAA